AUGAGAAUGAUGGGAAGCAGAGUGUUUGCAAUAAUGGUGGUGGUUGCUGGGAUGUUAUUGCUGGGGAACCUGCCAGAGGCUUCAGCAGAAUGCGGAGUUAAUUUCAGUGUGCUUUAUGCGGAGUGUAGGAACUCCUUCCAAGAUGAUGGGCCACCGCCAUCGACCCAGUGCUGCGAUCAAUUGCGAAAAGUAGACCAGGAGUGCGCCAGAGCUUAUGUUGAUGGUAGGCCUGGCAUUGAACAACGGAGCGGAAUCGACUUCGACCGAGCUGUCGCUGUCACUAGGGCUUGUGGAAUCAACAUUCCUCCUUAUCCUGCACCCGCGCCUUCUCCUCAGUCCGGGGACUGA